AGGAGAGCAGCGUUGAGUUGUCUAUGAGUUUUUAUUCUAACUGUAGAAACCUCUGCUACAUCGUUUCUCUCCUCCUAAUCAUCUCCCGAGACGAUGGGAAAUGAAGGCAGCAUCGAGGGAGAGGGCCAGCCGGGACAGCCCGGCUCCACUGUUCCUUCUGCGAGUGCUCCAUCUUCCAUUUCAGCACCAGCGGGCUCUGGACAGCUCAUCAAGCCCAGCAAUGGUGCGCCAACAGGAGGUACAGGGGCCGGACCCGGCCCGGGGAUUAACAGCAUCUCUGGAAGACCCCCCCAGCCAGACCCUGGAUCCAGCCCCAAGGCGGGGGUCCAGACUGGGCCUGGUACAGGGGACCGCCUGGCAUCCCAGGGGGAGCAGCAGGGCCAGGGCCACGCCGCCCGUAAGAACCUCCAGGUGGACGUGGGUAGUAGCAGGAUGGGACGUUCCCCGUCGGUGUCCCCCGCCAUCACCCCCACCUCCCCCUACUCUGUGCCCCAGAUUGCCCCCAUGCCCAGCAGCAAGCUGUGCCCCGUCUGUAAGACAGCUGACCUGACAGGCACCACGGAAGACAACCAGCCAAACUGCAGCACCUGCACCCAGUGCCGAUCCAUGGUGUGCAACCAGUGUGGCUUCAACCCCAACCCGCACCUCACCGAGGUCCAGGAGUGGCUGUGUCUGAACUGCCAGAUGCAGAGAGCUUUGGGAAUGGACAUGGAGACACCUCGCUCCAAGAGCCAGCAGCAGAUCCACUCUCCGUCCCACCAAGCCAAACUAGAGCCCAUCUCUGAACCUCAAACUCAGCCCCCACCCCAGCCCCAGGUCCAACCCCAGCCCCAGGCCCAACCUCAGCCCCAGGUCCAACCCCAGCCCCAGGUCCAACCUCAGCCCCAGUCCCAAGCCCCACCUCAGGCACAGCCUCUAACCCAGCACCAGGCUCCGACACAAGCCCAGCCCCCACCAGGCCCUAACAGACAGACUGGUCCAGGCCCAGGCCAGACCCCUCAACAGCAAAGAGGUCCAGUGGGUCCAGUUCCAGCCCAGAGUCAGGGUGGGGCUCGUCUCCCCCCAGGAGCCAUUCCUCUCCCAGGCAUGGCCAAAGCCCCGUCCCAGCCUGACCUCCGUGGCUCUCCCGCCCACCAGCCCCUGCCCCUCCGCCAGGACCACACCCGCAGCGCAGGGAGCUCCCCAUCCCGCCAGCCCCCGCCCCCGGCCGCCGCUCCUGAGCAGACCUUUGGAAAGCUGUUUGGAGGCUUUGGUGGCUUCGGUGCGUCCCUCCUCAACCAGGCCAGCACCCUCAUAUCAGUGGACCCGGUACCCACCCCGCCCCAGCAUCAGCAACAUCCCCCCAAACCUGCCCCUAAACCAGCUGGACCCCAAGAACCUGCAGCUGGGGCAGGGAAACCACCAGGACCACAUCCAGGCCAACAGGGCCCCCAUGCACCCCAACAGGGCCCCCAUGCACCCCAACGGGGACCCCAUGCACUCCAACAGGGACCCCAUGCACCCCAACAGGGAACCCAUGCACCCCAACAGGGAUCCCAUGCACCCCAACAGGGCCCCCAUGCACCCCAACAGGGAACCCAUGCACCCCAACAGGGACCCCAUGCACCCCAACAGGGACCCCAUGCAUCCCAACAGGGAUCCCAUGCACCCCAACAGGGAUCACAUGCACCCCAACAGGGAUCCCAUGCACCCCAACAGGGACCCCAUGCACCCCAACAGGGAUCCCAUGCACCCCAACAGGUCCAUGCACCCCAACAGGGACCCCAUGCACCCCAACAGGGACCCCAUGCACCUCCCCAGCAGCAGCAACAGCAGCAGGAUAAAGGUGCCUGCUGUCCCCUGUGUAAGACAAGUCUGAAUGUGGGCGUGACUGCCCAACCACCCAACUACAACACCUGUACCCAGUGCCACGCCCAGGUCUGCAACCUGUGUGGAUUCAACCCUGCACCGCACCUGGAGAAUAAAGAAUGGCUCUGCCUGAACUGCCAGACCCAGAGAGCUUUGUCUGGGGCCCUGGGAGAUGCUCCUCUUCCUGUUCCUCAGCCAAUGGGAUCCCCACGGCACUCAGCUCCAGCCAAUCAACAACAGCCUCAGCAGAGAGGGCCCAAUCAGCAGGAUGGGCUAUGGCCCACUGAUCCUCAACAGCAACAAAAACCACUGGGUGCCCAAGUAAGUGGCCCUCCUUUCUCCCCUGCCAAACAGAGCAAGGGGCCUGCCCAACCCUCCCCUGCCAAGGUACAACCCUUCCCAGGUAAGAGUGCACACUCCCCUGCCAAGGGUGCACCCACCCCCACUAAAACAGCAUCCACCCCUGCUAAGGGCACACCCUCCCCUGCCAAAAAGAUAGGACCCACUGCCCAGAGUAAGGGUACUGCCCAGCCCUCCCCAGCCAAGGGUGCACUGUCCUCUGCUAAAACAGCAUACACCCCUGCUAAGGGCACACCCUCCCCUGCCAAACAGACAGGACUCACUGCCCAGAGCAAGGGUUCUGCCCAGCCCUCCCCUGUUAAAUUUGCAUCCACCCCUACCAAGGGUGCACCCUCUCCUACUAAGAGUUCACCAACUCAACCUAAACCCAACAAGCAGGCCGGUAAACAGCAGCAGGGCCAGGAUAAAACUAAAGUCGUCCCCAAAGCUCAUAAGGAAAAUGAAGCCAAAGCCUCGCCCAAGAAGGGAGCACCUGAAGCCAUCACCACAUCACACGAUGAAAAGAAGAAACCCUUUGAAGAUUCACAGAAGUCAAAACACCAUGACGUGAGCUCCCUGCAACUUUUCAACUUCAGCAUCUUCACCACCGAUUCCAACAAGUCCAGCACGCAGAGCCUCAGUGACACGGGAUACUCCUCAGAUGGGAUCUCUGGCUCCGUGGGCGAGAUCACAGGCCAUAUCCGUGAGGAUCCGGGGUUAAAGCUGAGUGAACGUAGCCUCUCCAGCCCCUCUGAGAUCACUAAGCUAGAGAGCUUCAUGCGGCCACUGCUAGAGUCCAGGUCCAAGACCGCUACAGACCAGGGCGGGGAGAACAACUCUGACGGGGAGGUGUCGGACGAUCUCAGCUGCAAGCUGCGCCACGACUAUGUGGAGGACAGCAGCGAGAGUGGUCUGUCCCCCUUACCGCCCAGGCAGAAGAAGUCCCAUAAAGAAAUGACAGAUGAGGAGUUCAUGAGGAGGAAGAUCAUGGAAAUGAGCGCUGACGAGGAUGAGAUGGAGGAGGAGGAAGAGUACGGCUACCAGAAAACGAAAAACAAAAAGGAUUUGGGGAAGGAGAAACGACGCAGCUUCACCCACCAUUCCAGUAGUUUUGAGGAGGACACCAAGGGGGUAGAUGACGAAGACGACGAAGGUAUGAUGGCUUCCCAAGGAGGCCUGCGGCGGUUUAAGACCAUUGAGCUGAACAAUUCAGAGCAUGACCUCAGAGAGCCAGAGCUGGAGAUGGAGAGUCUGACUGGAUCACCAGAGGAGCGGUCGAGGGGGGAGUAUUCAUCCACCCUUCCUGCCACAACUCCCAGUUACACAUCUGGCACGUCCCCUACCUCCUUGUCCUCCAUGGAGGAUGACAGUGACAGCAGCCCCAGCCGCAGGCAGAGACUGGAGGAAGCCAAGCAGCAGAGGAAGGCUCGCCACCGCUCCCACGGCCCACUCCUGCCCACCAUCGAGGACUCAUCCGAGGAAGAUGAGCUGAGAGAAGAGGAGGAGCUUCUGAGAGAGCAGGAGAAAAUGAAAGAUCUGGACCUGCAGAGGAUCCGCAGUACAGCCAGGAAAACCAAGAGGGACAAAGAGGAGCUAAGGGCCCAGAGACGUAGAGAGAGAUCCAAGACUCCCCCCAGCAACCUCUCGCCCAUCGAGGAUGCCUCCCCGACAGAGGAGUUGAGACAGGCAGCGGAGAUGGAGGAGCUCCACAGAUCCUCCUGCUCAGAGUAUUCCCCUUCCAUGGACUCAGAAGCCGAGAGCUUUGAAAUGAUGAGCUCCAAGCUCUACAAGUCAGGAAGCCACCACAACCUACCCACCUUCAUGUCUCUCUACUCCCCCACUGAAAAACAUACUGCCACUUCACCGUUGGACAAGACACUGAAAAGUGCAGAGGAGGUAUAUGAAGAAAUGAUGAGGAAAGCAGAGAUGCUGCAGCAGAGACAGCCAGGAAGACCAGGCCAACCACAAGGAAAUCCACAAAGGCAACAGGCUGGAGCACCUCAGCCUAGCAGCAAACAACAUCUAGGCACUGGAGCACCUCUAACCCCUGGCUCCAGUCCCACACAAAUCUCUGCACCUGUUUCCUUCUCCCCAAACGACCCACGUGGGGCUGGAGAAGGGGUCCCACCAGGAAUCAGUGUGACACAGCAUCUAUCGAAAGAAACCCAAGACCGGAUGAGGACGCAGACUGCCAAAAUAGGGGGUGUUAUCCCCCCAGUGGCUGGAAGACCAGGUCCUCAGGGGCCAGCACAGGGGGCGCCUCCUCCUGACCCUGGAGCGCCCUCCAUCGCAUCCUCCCUCUUCUCCUAUUUCAAAGGCCCCAGUCCUCCUGUUUCCCCUUCCCCCUCUCCCUCACAGAGUCCCACUCAUUCCCUGUCCCUACAACCUACAGGGCCUGGGGUGUCCCCACAAGAUUCUCAGCCUGGCGCUGGUGGCGCAACCUCCCCAGUACCAUCGCAACAACAUGGAGCCCAGAUGCCUCGAAGAACAGCAUCGCCAUGCCUUGCAAGACAACAGUCCUCCUCCGACUCACCAGUAAUGGGGAUAACGCUGGGCUCUAAGACCACCACCAGUCCUGCCAGGCCUCUGACUGUAAACUCCUCCACUUCUCCCCUGUCCUCGCCAACACAGGCUAUCCGUCAACCCAUGUGUCAGCAAUAUAUUCCUUCAACAAGCUCUCCAACGUCCCCACAAAUGCAUCUAUUGCAACAAUCCCCUCAACGUGGUUUACAGAGGCCCCAAAAUGCAGAGAGGGUUAAUAUUGGUAUAAGCAUGACAAUGACAACCACAGCUACCACAUACAGUCGUGGGUCAAUAUCAAUGGAAAAUAUCUCCCUAUGUAGGAUCUCCAAUGUCCCAGGUACCUCUAGGAUCGUAGAGCAGGGCCAAAUGCAAAUGCGUCCGACUAGACCUGCAUCAGUAGUAGACCUGAAAGCACCAAUGAAGGCCGCCCCAAUCAUCAUGACAGACCAGGGCAUGGAUCUAACAUCUCUGGCAACUGAUACAAGAAGGUAUUCCCUCAAUGCUGAACAACCCCACAACCAUCACAAAUCGGUGCAGCCACUGAAUGCUGCCAUGAACCUGAAUGCACAAGAGCAGCCGCAUGUUUCGGCGUCCACUCCAACAACAGUCAGCGUCACCGUGGCAGCCUCAAUGUUUAUAUCUCAGCCGAAGGGGCAUCCAGUGAUUUACAGAGAUCCGCUGCAGAACCGUAUGGAUCUGGGGCAAGGCGUUGGGUCAGCAAUGUGUCUUACACAAACUAAGCCACCCAUUACUGACCCGUCCAUUCCUAAGAUUGAUGCGUGCCUGGAGGAUCUGGGCAUCCAGCAGCAGCAGCUCCAGAUGCAGCAGCAGAAGCUCCUACAGCAACAACAGCUCCUCGAGCAGCAGCUCCAGCAGCACCAGCAGUCUUCCUUUGCUCGCUAUAACCUAGCGAACCAGGUCCAGCCGCUGUUGCUGAAGAAAGACCUGGUGGUUAGCCAGACGAGCAGUGGCAGUGCCCAGCCUGUGGUCAGUGUGAUUCCUAGAGUAUCUCCCAUGCCGCCAGCGUCUAUAGUUCUACCUCCCUCUAACAAUCAUCAUGACUAUGGUCAGAGUGGGCUUGCCUUGGAGUUGAAGAACAAGCCCACAGUUAUGAACCUGUCUACGGGAAAGCCCCAUGUCAUGAUGGUCCAACUGGAAGAUAGCAAUGCGUCUCAGAUGACCACUGUGACUCAGCUGGUCAAAGAGCUUCCUCCUCCCCAGGUCCUGGAUCUCACUGGUGGACAGAUACAGAAACCAGAGAACCAAGUGGCUUGUUGUGAUGUUGUUUACAAGCUACCCUUUGCUGGUAGCUGUGCAGGUAACGUAACUCAGAAAAAUUCUACCACUGAAUCUUCCCAAGUCACUCUUCCACCCCCUGCCCCACACUACAGUGUAGGCCAGCAGAAACAACAACAACAGCCACAACAACAGCAACAACAACAACAACAACCACCACCUGGUAAUAAUGGCUACCAGGCAGCAAGCAUGCAAGGAGCACCAGAGGAGCGUAAACCGAUGCAGGGAGUCCCUCUAUACCCUAUACCCCUUGCAGGCAGGCUUCAACCUUCCAUGUCUGACACCAACCUGUCUAAUACAGGUCUUCAGUACUAUCAGAGGACUGACCCUGGGGACCUGGCAGUGGAUCUGAGGACCAUGAAUCAGGCCUACGAAGGAGGAUAUCUUGGCAUGGGUGCACAAUACGGAUCCUACACAGACUUAAGUCAUCAAGGAGAUGUUGCAGGUCCUCCCUUGCCCCUGCGAAGGUACGGCUCCAUGUCCAACAUCAACCAAGACUAUGGCUAUGGUCAGGCCGGUUUACUGGACGCCAACCUGGCACAGUAUAGUGCCACCACUGCCAGGGAGAUCAGCCGAAUGUGUGCAGCUCUGAACUCUAUGGACCAGUUCGGUCAACGGUACAGCAACCCUGAGAUGAUGCAGUAUGGUUCUGGAAGUGGAGCAGGGCCUGCAGCCAGGCUCAACCUACAGCAAAGCUUAGCAUCAAUCCGAGCCAACCUACUCUAUGGCCCUGAUGGGAGGCCCACUGCACACGGCCAAGCCCUAACCAAUCUGAUCAAUGCCAGCCAAGCAAGCAUACGGGCCUUAUAUCCAUCUGCAAUGAGGGGAGCUGACGGUAUGACAUAUUCCACCAUCAACACCCCAAUAGCCUCUACCUUGCCAAUAACCACCCAGCCCUCCUCUGUUCUGCAACCUAUGCCACAAGGAAUAUACCGACCUUACCCUGCAGGCGUGACCGCUGUACCACUGGCGAGCCUCACCAGGUUGCCUCAUAUGACCCCAAAGAUGCCUCUGUCCACACAGGGACAUUACGGUUACCAUCCUCCCAACCAGUUCCCUACAACGGCUGGUGUUCCUGGAAGUGUACCUGCCACGAGCACCUCCACCCAAGAAGCUCCUGUCUACCUUGGGAAGCCUUCUGCAGCCGUCUCUGUGCACACGGCUGCAACCUUACCACUGGCCCAGCCAAUUUCUCAUAUGGGUGGACAAACUACUGCAAUGCCAAUUCAGUCUGCAGUAGUCCCUGCAAACCAACAGACCCCCCAAACUCAAAUCCAAGCGCAGAAUGUUACGACACACCCCCAUACUCAAACUCAAAUGCAAGUCCAAAUGCAGCAACAAAAACAGCAACAAAUACAGUCCCAAAUACAGCAACAAAUGCAAUCUCAAAUGCAACAACAAAUAGCAACUCAAACUCAAGCAUCAUUUCUGACUCAAACCCAGUCCCAGCCUGUAACUCAGCCUGCUCCACAGGCUCUAGUGCAGCCCCAUCUGCAGACCAUUCGCCAGAUUGCUUCUACUGCAGCAGCCAGCACCACCAUCACCACUUUGGUCGACCCAGAGCUGGAAAAGGUAGAGAAGCGUUUGAGACAGCAACAGGAGCAGAUGCUGCAGAUGGAGCGAGAGCGUGUGGAGCUGGAGAAACUUCGGCAGAUGCGCCUGCAUGAGGAACUAGAGCGAGACCGCAUGGAGCUCCAGAGGCACAGGGAGAAAGAACAAAUGCUGGUGCAGCGCGAGAUUCAGGAGCUGCAGACCAUCAAACAGCAUGUCCUGCAUCAGCAACAAUCAGAGAGGGAGACCCAGCUGGUCAUGCAGAGGGAACAGCUAUCCCAGCAGAGGAUGCAACUGGACCAGAUCCAGUCGCUACAGCAGCAGCUCCAGCAGCAGUUGGAGGAGCAGAAGAGGCAGAAGACUGCAGUGGUGGAGGCAUCAGCUGCGGCCGCGUCCACUCAAGGUGCCAUACAAGGGGUAGUAGUCGGAGGAAUAACCCCUCAAGGUGCCAUACAAGGGGUAGUAGUCGGAGGAAUAACCCCUCAAGGUGCCAUACAAGGGGUAGUAGUCGGAGGUGGAGGAGGAGGAGGAACUCCUCAAGGUUUCAUCAUCUGUGACCAGAGUGGUAGGGUGAUUCAACAGGACGGCCAAAGUGUACAGUUCUGGCAACCCCACAUGGAAGGGCAGGUGGUCCAAGCAAUGGUGACCCCAAGGCCCAUACCAAGCUCUGCCUCUGAGAUGUCCUUGAAAAACAGUGAGAAUCAGUUGGGGUCCAGGAUCAUGAAGAAGCAAAACUCUAUGCCUCCUCUUCGGGAUGGAUCGGAGGAGGAGCUGGUGAGGAGGAUUGCAGAUAGCUGCGUGCAGACGGACGAUGAAGAGGGUGAGGACAGGUACAUGAACCGCAGGGGCAGGAGAACCAGGCGGAUCGCCGACUGCAGUGUCCAGACAGAUGACGAGGAUCAGGCAGCUUGGGAGCAACCGGUUAGGCGCAGGAGAUCACGCUUAUCCAAACAUUCAGAUUCUAGCGGCGAGGUCAAAUCCGAUGGAACCGCCAAAGUGUCCUCCUCCAGCAUAGCCAUUCAGACCACCAACGACUCCUCAUGCCAGACUGAGGCCGACCAGUUGGGCAGGAUCUCACCUGCAAUCCACAUCACUGCGGCUGAGACAAAUAAGGUGGAGCUGCUUCACUACAUCUCUGCACCAGAGAGAACCCAUACGGGUGAGAGCUUGGCCUGUCAGACAGAACCGGAGGCCCAGUCUCAGGGGGUGGUGGCCCCUCAGCUCAGCGUCCCUACCACCAUCAGCCCAUAUUCCACCUCUAUGCAGAUGGUGGGCUCCACCCCACCUCCUCCCCAAGGGGUGGCUAAGUUCGAAAGGAGGAAACCCGACCCUCUGGAAAUCAACUACCAAAUCCAGCAGCAGAACGAGUCCCCGUCUCGCCAGCCUCCCAAGUCUCCCCAGGUGCUGUACUCCCCUGUGUCCCCGCUGUCGCCCCAUCGGAUGAUGGAAACCACCUUCGCCUCCCAGGAGAAGCUCAACAAGGCGCACGUCACGCCCCAGCAGAAAGCUGCAGAGUCUCCUCAGCGUCACCAGAGCCUCCCCAGACCUAUCAAGAGUGUGCAGCGCUCCAUGUCGGACCCCAAACCCCUCAGCCCCACCUCAGAAGACCCUGCCAAGAACAGGUUCUCCCCUUACCAUCAGCAGGCCCUCUCCAACAGUCAGAUGGCCACCCUGCAGCAGCAGCAGAACUCUCUGAUGAGAAAGGUGAAGAGGACCCUACCCAGCCCACCUCCAGAGGAGAGCCCUCUCCCCAUCGUCACCCCAGCCAUGUCCCACAUGUACAGCAGCUCCCCGGGGAUGCAGCCCCAGAGGGUGCUGCCCAGGCCUGCCCAGGGGGUCACCAAGGCCGGCCUGCUGAGCGAACUGAAGGCCGUGGAGCAAGAGUCCACCAAGCUCCGCAAGCAGCAGCAAGAGCUAGAGGACGAGGAGAAGGAGAUUGACGCCAAGCUGCGGUACCUGGAACUAGGCAUCCAUCAGCGCAAGGAGACCCUGGUGAAGGAGAGGGAGAGGAGGGAGCUGGCCUACAUGCGCUGCAUGGGCGACGCCCGCGACUACAUGUCAGACACCGAGCUCAAUAACCUGAGGAUGGUGGCGGCCACGGGAACGUUCGACGGUAAUGGUCUGCUGACGAGGCCCAGCACGGCGCCGCUGAGCCAGUUCCCCAACGACCUCGGCCCAGCCUCCCAGUACCCGCCCACCUCCUCCUACAUGGCCUAUCAGUACCCACAGAGCCAGCCCACGCCCACACAGCAGCCAACCGCUGCUUACCAACAGAUCGGUUUCCAGCCCCCCCAAUACCCUAUAGCCUCACAGCCCCAGCCAGGCACCUUCCAGCCCCACCCACCCCAAGGCCCAGGCUACCAGACUCAGCCAAGCUACCCAGCCCAUGGGGGCUACGGCCAGACUUCCUACCCGACAGACCUGGGCAUGCAGCAGCAUGGCCACCAGGGUUUCCAGCCUCCCAACCCCUCUAUCCCGGGCCAGAACCUCCCCUACCCAGGCCAGAGCCCAUAUUCUGGCCAGGGCAUGUCCUUCCUGCCGCAGGCUGAGAUCCUCAUGGUCCACCAGAGGCCUCAUCAGACCUCCUUGGCUGACCUGGAACAGAAGUUGCCCACCAACUACGAGGUGAUCAGUAACCCUGCUGUGUCGGUGGCCACAUCAGCUCCAGACACUGGCUUUGGCUCAGUCUAUGCCUCCAACACCAUGCCCAAUGUCUAUGGGCAGUACCGCCCCCCGGAACCAGUCCUUACACACGGUGUGGAUAGCCCCACGUCGUCCUAUGCUGCAGACGGCCUCUACACCACAAACCUGGAGCAGAACAUCCCCAGGAACUAUGUCAUGAUCGACGACAUCAGCGAGCUGACCAAAGAGAACACAGGCUCGUCUGUUGACGUUCUGGGACAUCCUGUUGCAGGACGCUAUGGUGAGAAUGGCCCUGCGCACCAAACUGGCUAUGGCAAUGAGCCUGCGGACCCGUACAUGUCUACUGGCCCCACAGGCUACCACCAGCAGGGCUCUGUGGACCCCCGGACCAGCACCACUAUAGGUGGUGGGGGAUCUUCUUAUUACUAUGACGACUAUAAUAAACACCCUAGCACAACACGCCCAGGGACCCAGAAACACCCAUCCAAGAACCUGGCUCCCGCAGUUGUCUCCUCCGGUAAGCGCAGCAAGCACAGAAAGCAGGGCAUGGAGCAGAAGAUCUCCAAGUUCUCCCCCAUCGAGGAGGCACGGGACGUGGAGUCCGACCUGGCCUCUUACACCAUGACCACCUCCACCGGCGGCAGCUGCACUGUGGUGUCUCGGUCCGGGGUGAAGAAGAGCGGCUACGACCAACGGAAGUACUAUGGUGGCCACCCGGGAAGCCGGGAAGCCCUGGAAGAGGAGGACCGGAUGUACGGCUCGGGGAGGUCCCGGUCUACUGGCUAUGGCAUGGACAAGAUCUCCUCCAGGGACUCCUCCAGGAGCAAGUCCUACGAGAGGGAAGCCAUGGAGCGGUCUCAGAGAGGCGGUGGUGGACGGCCCGGACUGCGCACCCAUAACUCAGAGGAGGAGAGCCCACUCAGCCCCAUGGGGAAGCCUGUGGGGGUCGGACGAGGUGGAACAGGGGUACCAGUGGACCCCCAUGACGUGAGGAACCAGUAUGGUUCCAGCCACUCCCUGCCGGAUGUCCAGGACCACCACAUGAAGGACCUGCCCAGGAGCCACGUGUACAAGCCAGAUGACCCAUAUCUCGUAGACGAUCAGCACGCUGCUGUGUCGGACAGUGAAGCCUAUCAUCUGGGUCAGGAGGAGACGGACUGGUUUGAGAAGCCAAGGGAGGCUCGCUCCAACCGCUCCAGACACCAUGGGAGCGCAGGGCACAUCUCCACUGGUAGGCAACAGACCGGCGCCAAUGUGAAGCACACCUACCAUGACUAUGAUGAGCCUCCCGAAGAACAGGACCUGUGGCCUCAGGACGAGUACAACAACCAACCUCGCCACCCCUCGUCCACAUCAUCCCGCGACCACCGUGGUCACCAAGGCACCAGCGGCGGCAGCUCGGGAAGGCAUUCCACUUCCCGCCACUCCGGCGAGGAGCCUCGGACGUCCAGCCGCUCCUCCAGAACACACCCCAAAGACCAAUCCGCCCGCUCUGAGGGCCGUGGUUCCUCCUCCAACCAGAAGAGGGGAGGCUCGGAACCACGCUCCUCCCGGGAUGGCUACCGGGACCGGGACUCUGGAGACUACUCCUCUCGUGACCCGGCCUCCGGCCACCACCGCGAGGGCACCAGUGGCAGGGGUCAGAAGCCGCCAGGCACGUCCUCCAGGAGACAGGAAGGGGUUCCUUCUGCAGGGGCCAAGCAGGGUCUGGGGCAACAGCCCCAGGGUGGUCCAGGCGGGCAGCAGCAACAGCCCCAGGGGAGUCCAGGCGGGCAGCAGCAACAGCCCCAGGGGGGUCCAGGCGGGCAGCAGCAACAGCCCCAGGGGGGUCCAGGUGGGCAGCAGCAACAGCCCCAGGGGGGUCCAGGCGGGCAGCAGCAACAGCCCCUGUCAGGCAGACAGCCUGGAUCCCAAGGGCCAGAAGGGGGCCAACCGGCCCAGCAGCAGCAGCGUACCCAGCAGCAGCAGCCUCCACAGCAGAGCCAGCCUUCCCAGAACAUAGCCGGGGGCCCUCAGGCCACUCCAGCCACUGCAGGCCCAGGACCCAUAGCAGGACCAGGGCCAGCACAACAGCAGGCUAAACCUGGCCAGACUCCGGCCCAAGGCCGGCAGCCAGCCGGACCUACCACAGGCCAGCCAACAACCACAGCCGUGACUUCUGCCACACCUGCAGCAGCUAUUGGGGGGAUGAAACCUGCAGCAACAAUUGGGGGGGCAGCAGCAGCACAGCCACCCAAGACAGCUACACCACCCCUCACAGGCAUCGGCUCUAAAGCAACCCCCCCUGGAGGGAUAGGUAGCCGGCCUGGUGGGAUCGGCAGUGCAGCGGCAGGUCAGCCCCCAGCAGAGGGCGUCAACGUUCUCACCAAUAUCCUGGGAGGGGCGGGAGGCGCAGCUGAACAGGCGGGGAAACUGGGAGAUGCUAUUUCUGGCCUUGGGAAGAAGUUCACUUCAUUUUGGUGAAUGGAAGAAAGGAGGGGUAUGAGGAGUUGCGAUGGAGGGGGAUUGGAGGCUUGGUACUACAAAAAUCUAUGAAACUGUUUUCGGCAUUUUAUACAUUUCACUAUCACAAUGAAGCGGAGAAGGAGGAGGAGAAGGAGGGUACCUGAGUGCAUCAAUGCACCAGCAGAAUGCCAACGAUAGCCUCCCUCACAGCUCUUGUAGGAGAGGGAAUGAGACAGAGAGCGAAGAGAGAGCGAAGAUACAAUCCUGUCUGUCUCACCUCCCUGUUUGUCUCUCUGCUUACUGAGAGAAAUAACACCUGAUCCAGGAACAGAACAGGGAGCUGUCACACCGUAGGCUUGGCUUCCGCAUCGCUCAGCUCAGAAGGACAACAACGGAGGAUGCUGCUUCUUCACCUAAAUCUCUGUCAUCUUGGAGAGCACACUGAGUUUCAUCAGAGCUCUCCCAUCACUCGCUGUGGUUCUGUGAUUCUAAGACAAGGCCAGAUGGGAGCCAUUGUAGAAGGAAAUGUCACAUCUGGUCAAAAGUAGUGCACUAUAUAGGGAAUAGGGUGGCAUUUGUAAUGCAGACUCUGAGGAGUCCACAUCUGACCAGAAUCAUUCACGACUCUACACUUUUGUGGUCAGAGGGCCUUAUAACACCAUCACCAUUAUAACACAGUGGAGGAGGGAGAUAGAUACACAGCUCAUAGGUUUUACUAGUACCAAAGAGACCUCUGCCAAUUAUGACACUGACUACUACACUGGAGAAGGCAAGGCAAGACAAACAAAUGGCGACAGACAAAAAAACAAUGCCCUGGUUAUGAACCAGUUGAAUGCUUGGUUUCUAUGAUCUCUACAUUCCAGGGAACGAUGACCCUUUCUUUGAAUGUGUUUUUAUUUCUCCUCCACAUGUUGUGAUGAUAUGAUGUCUACAGAAUGCAACAUGUACAUGUGGACACUGGAAUGCAUGCACAAUAAUAAUCAAAAAAAGAAACCCAUAUCUUCUUAACACUUUUUCACCACUACGUCCAGAAGAGGGUUCACCAGGCAUUACUAGACGAGUAGGAUAAAGAGAGGAGAAGCUACCAGUGUGCCCACCAAUAGAAUGUGAGAUCCACACAGGAGAGAGGACCAGAUGGAACGCAAGCAAGCGUGACCAUGGCUGUCUUUUAGCCAUCGCAAAGCCAUCACUUGUCAAUCCCAGAGCACUUUGGGAUUUUUUUUUUUUAUAUAUAUAAAAAGUAUUUUCAUCUUGUUUAAUUUCUUAUCAUUUUUGCCUGAUAUUAUUCUGAAAAGAAGAGCCUUAUUCGGUACAUAUUUUUUACUUGUAUACCUCAUAUGUUUUGAAAAGUCCAUGUCAUACCUUUCUUAAUUUUGUUUUGCACAACUGUAUACUUUUGUAUGUACAUAAAUCUAUCGAGAACACUGAUAAUGUAAAUUAUUAAUUAGUGUUUUUAUUGACUUAUAUUCAUGUGACUUCUGUUUUUGUUUUUGUUUGGUAAAUCUAUUUAUAUUUUAUGGUCUAUUGUUUUCUUAUUUAUUAUCUUACAUUUUUUAAUAAUUUUCUGGUUGAUUUAAAGCAAUAGCAUGGAAAAAAUGAUAUACAGCACAUUGGUGUUAAUGUUGUUUAAAUUCAUGGAUGGGAAUAUCUGAAACAUGUUGAUAAACAUCAGCAAUAUGUCAGAGAGAGUUGCACAACUACACAUACACACCUAAAUCUCUAUGUUUACACUUACUCACACAGAGACAUACAUGCAAUCAAGCAAACACACACACAUGCAGGAGUGGCUGGAAGCAAUCAUCAUUUCAAAUGUUCUAUGCAAUGAUUAAUUUUGAAACUGGAACAGACAAAAAACAAAGUUUAAUACCAUAAUGACCAAUGUUACUCACCAGAAUCCAACAACAUUGUGAACUGAAAGACAUCAAAAACCGUUAUGAACAUAUUUGUACUUUGCUAAUUGUAUUUAUGGAUCUGAAUAUUUAACUAUUGAAUGUAGACUUUUAUUUUCGUGGCAUGUUUUAUAGUACCCCAUUACUCCCCAUAUGGGGGGACUUGUUGCCAAAGGGUCGACUGUGUAGACUGUCAGUCAUGAAUGUCCAUCUUAAUGCUUGAAGCAUGAUUUGCUUGGCUUUGUCCGGCUGUUUGUAUGCUCUCAUUCAGUCCUGGUGUGUGUGUGGCUUGACCAGGGCCCCACUGUGCCAUGGUGUGUUCAGCUGUCCAGUCCGUGCUGCUUUACAAACCUGUGAGGCGGUUGGUCAGGAAUUCUCAUUAUAAAAUGUCAUUCAGUGUGCGCAUCGGCUGUCAGUGUAUAACCUGAAGGGUGGAGGAUUCAUUUCAGGUAUCUGAUUGGUUGUUCAGACUGUACAACAAAUAGAAUGGUUCCUUAUGUCUCUCUGUAUUAGGAAUGGCAUCAUGUAGUAAUAGAUUAUGAGGGAAACAACUUGAUGUGCUUUGAAGCCACUAAAAGUUGCAUACAAAGAACAACAUCAAGGUAUCAUUAGUAGUUGGAGGAACAAAUGGGAGAAAUCCUAACCUCCACUUAGUCAUGCAUUGCAUUUUAAGUUGAAGUUAGGAUUCACCCUUAAAUGAACAGUCUAGAACUCAAUCAGUGGACCACUGAACCUUCCAUAUCCAAGGCUAGUCUAGAGGGAAUCUAGAGGGUACCACAGUACUGUCAAUCAGGUCAGAGAAACACAACAUUCUGCUGAGCCCAAGUCAAUCAUUCAUCCAAUCAGGGCAUGUUAUAAUUAAAGCACAAGCUUGACUGGUAUGUAAAGACAGAAAUAUAACACAAAUAGCAUAUGUGUUAUUGAUUUCAAGGAGAGGUAAAACAAAUGUGUUAUCUCACGGUAAUAAUAUAAAUGAGAGUGCAGGGUGAAUCCAAUAAGGGACCUUGGUAUAGAUAGCUGCGAGCUCACCAUCUUUAUGGAGACGUUGUGGUCGAUAAGAGAAGCAUGAGACCAGACAGCCUUCACUGACUGUAGCUGUCCAAAUGGACAGACAGACAGACACACAAACACACAUUCUCACUGUAAAUACAGAUGGAUUCUUCUAUACAGAGUUCAUAGUACGGUCAUCUUGUGCAUUCCCACACCGUACUUGCUGCCAACUUUUGUGCUUUUGUGUAUAAAAUCAUAUUUAUUAUAAUUAAAUAUCAUGAUUAUGAAUAUAAUGAUGAAAUAAGCAUAGUGUAUCUGGCUGGCUCGUAUUGACUGUUGGCAACAUUGGAAUAAACUUGUAUUCAGAUACAUAUUCAGUCUGUGUAGAGUUUCUAUACAUAUUGUGUUUGUAAAACAAGGAGAAAUACCUCCAUGGUAAAAGUUUAUCCAGGCAUUCUAUUGUCAUUCUAUCGGGAAGUUUCAAAGUUGAUGAGAAAUGAUCCAUUUUUUAAAAAGAGAUUGAAAUAAGAGGAAAAAGCUAAUUGAAAAUGCAACAAAAAAAUCCAGAAAAAGUCUUAACUCAAGUCAUUCACUGUUGUAAGUGCAAUGGGCGAAACGUCAGUUGUGUAUCCAUUGUGAAACCUUGUGUUCUAUUCAGUGUAUUCCUGUAAACAGAUAGAGUAACAUUUUGGUGCAUCAUGUCAUGUCAUGUGAUUAAUGAAAAUAUUGACCCUGCAAUUUCUUUCCAAUCAGGAAAAAUAAUAAAGAGAAAAUCAAGAAUC